UCUUUGGUCUUUGUGACGUCACGCUAUUGAUUGAAAAGGAAGGAGAUCGUCUUUUGGAGACGCCAUCUUAAAAUAAAGUGAUAUAAGUUUUUGGUAGCGUAGAGUAUAGUUAAAAUCUAAAGUAAUCUUUGUUAGGGUAUUAGCAUUUGAGCUUAAAUAAUUUAUAUAUUGUAAUACCGAGAAUAACGGACCAAGUUUGAAGUGAAGUGUCGCUGCCCUGGUUGCAGUUGGUGGUUGGUGCGAGGGUGACCUCCUGAUGGUGUGUACAUCGCAGCAUGUCUGCACUCUCGACGCCGGGCGGCGGAGGCACUACGGCGCAGACGAAGCCGACGUCCGGCAAGCAAAAAUAUCAAAAGUUGGAUAUCAAUAGCUUGUACUGCGCCAAUAGAAACGAGAACUCUGAACCGUCCUCAGUAAAAUCUCAACUAAGCCGCAAACAUGGAAUGCAAAGCCUUGGAAAAGUACCUUCGGCUAGACGCCCACCAGCUAAUUUGCCUUCUUUAAAAACUGAAACUGGUCAAGAUCCAAACGCUAACUCUAUUUCUGCUGCUACGACAACUGUAUCUACACCAGCAACAUGCUCUUCUCAAACUAUAACUACAACAUCGAACAGCGGUGUUCUUGCGGGCACGGGCCCAGGCGGAUGGGUGGCGCUGCCGCCGCCCUCGUCGCCACACUUCCGCACAGAGUUCCCCUCCCUGGAGGCUUCGGCUCAACCUUCACAUCGCUCUUCAGAACACUCAGUACCUCAGCCACAACUCAGACCACAAACGGAAGGCAGUUGGACGUGCGGUGGCACGGCCGGCGUUCGCCAAGAAACUACAUCCUCACCCGCCGCCGCGCCCGCCUCGACGCCUGCCGCACAACAAACACCCGCCUUCCGUGCAAUUCUGCCAUCCUUCCUGAUGAAAGGUAGCAACGGUAGCGGGCUCGGGCUGGGCACGCUGGGCACGCUGCGCGACGGGCGCGCGGGCGGCGGCGGCGGGCGCGCGGCCCGGCCUCCGCCCGCCACGCCGCGCGCCGUCGAGGUGCUCACGGCGCGCCCCAUCCUGCGCGACGAGCAGAUCUCCUCGCUCGACAACAUCUCCCGCGACGCCGGCUGGGCGCAAAACGACGACAUUGAUUACGAUCAAAAAUUGGACUUCUCCGACGGGGAGUCGUCUGCGCCGAGCAAGAGUUCGAAUAAAAAUAAUAACCGGGCCAGUAUUGAACCUGAACGCGUGGACGCGAAAGGUCUGGAGCAGGGCGACGAGGACCAGAUUUGGGCGGAGCGCCGGCAGAAGCAUAAAAAUGACAUGGUCCAGAUCGCGGCCCGCGGGCGCCAGCGCAAGGAGGAAGAGCAGCGGCGGCAGAUGCGGGACUCCGCCGCGCCGCCGCCCAAGGACCGCGAGCUCGACGCGCGCGACAAGGAGCGCUCCGACAACCGCGACAGGGAGCGCCCCGACAACCGCGACCGGGAGCGCCCCGACAACCGCGACCGCGACCGCAUGGACGCCCGGGACAAGGAGCGCGGCGACGUUCGCGACAACAGGGACCUCAGGGACAAGGAUGUCCGCUCGGAUAACAGGGAACGCGAUCGCAUGGACAACAGGGACCGGUUCGAUAACAGAGAUCGCGACCGCGACGGCAGGGACAGGGAACGGGACCGCGACCGUGACAGGAUGGACAAUAGAGACAGAGGAGGUCGCAUGGAUAACAGAGAUCGUCAAGAGAGCGGCAAAGACAGAAUGGACAACCGCGACAGAGAUCGUAAUGAUAAUAGAGAACGUAUGGAUAGCGAUAGAUUCGACAGAGACAGAGAGCGCGGGGACAGAGACCGAGAUCGCGAUCGCGACCGUAUGGAUAGAGAUAGAAACGAUCGCGAUAGAGAUCGCGACCGCGACUUCCGAGAUAGGGACCGGGAUUAUGGCCGCGAUCGUGAUCAAGCCAAUCCGGGUUUCUCAAAAACUUUCCAAGCAAAUAUUCCGCCUAGAUUUUUGAAGCAGCAGCAAAACCGGCAACAAGAAGAUCAACACAAAGGUUGGGCGUUCGCAUCGAAGCCGGCUCCCAGGCGGCAGGAUCCGCCUCCCUACAAUGCGCCUCGUCACGCCGCACACAACGGCCGUAGAUCUUAUUCCAGAGAUUAUUCAGAUCGUGAAGACGACUUCCGAAGAGAAAAAGAUGGACCUGGACCGCAAUGGCGAUCUGAAAUGCAAGAUUAUGACAGGUCCGGGAGAGAUUUGGACAGAUCCAAUUCUAAAGACUCGUAUAAAGACUACGAGUACAAGGACAGGCGAAACGAGUCAGACAGAAAGUCAGUUGACUCCAGUAGCACUAUUGAAAAUUGCAGUAGAACAGCUGCUGACAAGUUGACCGAAGUAUUUGAACGAAAGAGUAUUGGGCUUACCGAGUCAUUUGGAUCUUCAGAUUCGUCAUCCCAAGCGCCAAUCUCCGAAAGGCGCAGUACGCCGCCCUCGAACUUAUCUCAACGCGAGUCAUCGGAAAGAGACUUCGGUAAAACUUCUUGGGCUGAAGUAUCUCAAGAUGAAUCGUCGAGUAAUUACACAGCUUUGAAGGUAGAAAAAGUUGCAUCACCGAAAGAUAUCGACCAGAAUGUCAAAGAGCCUGUAGCAAUAGAACCUGAAAUUGACAAUAAGGUGACUGUUUCACAACCGCAGCAACCAGCGCUUCCGCCGCAUGCAGCGCCCGCGCCGCAGCCCGUCAGUACUCCGACUCCUGUAAUGCAACCAAACCAACCCCCCAAAUACAAUAAUCACCCUCCUAGUGGACAAAAUUUCAGCCAUCCACCACAGCUAUCUCAAGGUAUUGCUUUUGGAAAUAACCAGCCCCAACCUAUUCCUUCUAUUACUCAAUCUCAACCUUCUUUCUCUGAUAACACUCAAUCUAUUUCUAAACCUAUAAAUCAAGCACUUCCUAAGCCUAAUGAAAAUCUCAUAUCUCCCCAACCACAAAAGCAACCAUCUGACGUAGCUCUGACUGUUAACAAGCCAAUGUUUUCCUCUCAAAAAUCUGAGAAGGAACUUUCAGAGUCCGAAUCUAUAGCAUCUAAGUCUAGUACUGAUCCGACCGGAUUAAUAGGAGUAAAGGGUAAUGAAACACUCUCAGUAGAAUCUCUUCAUGGUAGCAUGGAUUCUCAAAAGCGAUCAGGUGACGACAAGAGGAAUGAAAGAUUCGGUAAUGAACAACUGAACAAAAUGCCUCUAAAGGAACCUGUAGAGCGCAAGUCUAGUGGAUCUGGAUCUGAAAAGAAGGGAAGGGGAUACGGUAGUGGCGGAUAUGCCGUUUACAACAGGGGUUGGGGACCGAGAGAAUCUCGCGGGCGGCGAUCACAUCGUAGCUCUCGAUCUAACAACAGAGCCAGUGAAUCUGAUGGCUCCACUGAUGGUGCUCCAAACUCCGACCGAAAAGAGAGACGUAGAGCGCCUCGAAGUCCUCGCGGGCCUAAAAAGAGUGAUAGGCCAGAGGAUAUGAACCGUCCGCCUCAGUCUGAUCAGGCUCCAUCGAUGUCGGAUGGAAUGGAAAACAGAGAACCUUUUGCGCCUCGAGGGCAGCCUUCACGACGCGGCCGAGGAGGUUUCCAGGGUGCGUCACGCCCGCCGGCACCCGCUAAGAGAGUGACUGGUUAUGGACCGCCAAACACUAAAAGUCCAUUCAGUCAAGCUAAUAGAGCUGUAAAAGAUGAUGAAGGUAUUAAAGACAAUCUGCAGGUGGACGAUAAAGGUAAAAAUAAUAACAAACCACGUGCCGGCUCGUCGACUGGUAGAGGGCGUGACCGUCGACCCAAAGGUGCCGGGCCCCUUAGUGGUGAAGAUGAGAAUUGGGAGACUACGUCAGAACAUUCCGAAGGUGGUGGCAACAAUGGCCGUCGUCGAUCUAUUGGUGGCAGGCAGUCGGGUCAAUCUCAGAAGAAUCAAGGUCGAAACCAAAAUUCUGGUAAUCGUCAAAAUAAUACCCGCAACUUGCAACAAGGCAACAAGAAAGAUGCGACAGGUGAUAAAAGUACUGAUAUUACAGAGGCUAUGUCUGAUAUGAAGCUAUCAUCGAAUGUCAAGAAAGAAGACGAAGUUGUGGAUGAUGGUUUCCAAGAAGUGAGAAACAAGAAGAACUCGAAAGAUGCAAGAGGUCCACAGUCAAAGGAGGAAAAUCCACAAACUGCCAAACAGCCAAGAUCUCAUUCUAACCAAGGUGGCGGUCGCAACGGUUCAUCCACACGAAACUCUAGUGAUAAAUCCAAUUCUCGUAAUUCAGCACCAACGGCCAGCAAAACGGGAUCACAAUAUGACCGAUCUCGUCAGAACAAUCUUGCGCCCCGUUUUGUCAAACAAAGGCAAAAGCAAAUGGGUAUCGUAUCGGGAUUCGGUCCCGACACCGGAGCGGCACCGCCUCCGCCUCCCGUCAAUGCAUGGGAUAAGCCUAUAUCGCAGACUUUGCGAGGCAAUGUGGAAGAACAGCCACUAGAAGUGGUCGAAAAUAAGUCUGCACAGUCCAGUCAACGUAGCACUCCGGCAGAUAUUGUGCCUGAAGUGAAACCAGUUCAGCCGGCGACCACUUGUACUAUCGUCGCUGACAAAGCCGGCGUCUUAGACGGGACCACGCCUCCAGUAGAAACUAUUAUAUUUGAGAAUACUAACUAUAAGACUGCCCCACCGGCCGAGGCCUUAAAACAAAAAUAUCAACCCAGCGCUACCACUGCCAAACCGCAAGGAGAAGAGAUCCCUGCGGAAAUGGAGGCUCGUCCUCUACCUUUCAACGGAGACGUCAGACCACGGCCCAGGUCGAUUCAGGAGUUGAUCGGUGAUAAUCCUCGUCCCGCCGCAGACGGGGACGGUGCUCUAGGCAUUCAGAUGACAUUCGAUACUUCGCAAAAAGCGGAAGACUCCUCUGACAUGAAGCUCGACUUCGCUUUCGAUUCGGAUCUCGGUCAACUCACCGAGGAUAAGUCUGCCAAGACGCUCGGCCUGCCGCGCGGCGUGCACAUGAGCACAUCGAACACAAUUUCCCCAUUGGCGGCGGAUCUCAAUUUAAAAAUCGCCAGCGUGAAGAAAGUUUGGGAAAUGCCCGCCGUGGCCGAGGGCGCCGAGGAGUUGCAGUUCGCCGGUUUCGAGGAGAACAACACCGAGACGGGUGCUCCCCCGAACGUGUGCAAGGUGAAGCCGACGCAGCAGCUGCAGUCGCCGCCGCCGCAGCACUACAACCACGUGGGCUACCAGGGCGGCUACGGCGGCUUGUCGGUGCCGUCGCCGCCCGCCGUGCUGUUCAACUCGUCGCAGCAGCUUCUGGGCUCGUCCCAGCAACUGCAACAGCAGGGCAGUCUGUAUGGUGCUUUUCUGGAUCAAAGUCGUGGACAGUUCGGAGGAUUCCCUGGCACCCCAUACGGUGCCGGAUCGGCUGCUCCAUAUAACUAUCAGCCACCUCCAGACAUGUUCCAAAGCCUUCCGAGCCAGUACAGAAUGGCGGCAGCAGCUGGUGGGGGUGCAGCAUUCGGUCAAUCCGGGCAGCUCGGGAACAGCCCUAGUACUGUUCUCAUCUCAAGCACUUCCAACUCCCUCAUGUCCGCCACUGUCAAGCCCUCGACCCAACAAAUAGGCGCUAUUGGCAGCAAAGGCGGCGGCGUUGGCGGAGUCGGUGGCGUGGGAGGCGUUAACACGUACCAGCAGCAGUACCUCGGCUAUUCCGGGCCGGUGGGCGAGGCGCCCUACUCGCUGCCCGGCCUGCUCCCGCGGCCCGCGCCCCCUGCCAGCUCGUACUACUCGCCCUACCAGCCGCCCGCGGCGCCCGCGCCGACCUAUCCGCUGCAGUUCACGCAACCCGCGCAGUCGGGAGCCUUCGGGUCCCAGUUCCUGUCGUCGCAGCUGCAAGUCGCGGCCGCCGUGCAGCAGAUGCAGGUACAUAUACUAUAUUUUACUGUUAAUACCAGUCAGUAGCAGUACCUUGACUAG